CAGUGCCUGACGUCAUGACGUAGAACCUAGCAACCGUGCAGGCUCCCGGCCGAGUCCGUUAUGGCCGCUGCCACCCUGAGGAGGAUGAGGCAGGUCGCGCAAGCGAAGCUGCCGUUCUGGCCAGGCGUCCAGGUGCCCGGGGAGUCGGCGCGGUCGCUGGUCCUGGCGCUGCUGUUUGCGUCCGCCACCAUGUCCAGCGCUCUACCACAGACUGAUUCGCUGAGCCAAACUGUACUCAAGCCAGAGGUUUCUACUCCAAAUAUGAAUGCUUUAAAACAUGAAAACCAAACCAAACUUUCUAUUUCCCAAAUCAGCACCACUCUCCCUCCCGCAACCAGUACAGAGAGAAGUGGAGGGGCAUCUGUGGCCCCUCGUCCCUCACCUACCGCCUCUCUGUCCCAAGAGGAGGCCGGAAACAAUGAAGAUCCUAGCAUUGAGGAGGAUGAUCUUCUCACACUGAAUAGUUCUCCGUCCGCUGCCAAAGACACUCUGGACAAUGGGGAUUACGGAGAACCAGAAUAUGACUGGACCACCAGCCCCAGGGAUGAGGAGUCCAGUGAGGCCUUGGAAGAUAACAGGAGCUACAUGGAAAUCGAACAGUCAGUGAGAUCUUUUAAGACCCCAUCUUCAAAUAUAGAAGAGGAAGAUAGCCAUUUCUUUUUUCAUCUUAUUAUUUUUGCUCUAUGUAUUGCUGUUGUUUACAUUACAUACCACAACAAAAGGAAGAUUUUCCUUCUGGUUCAAAGCAGGAAAUGGCGUGAUGGUCUUUGUUCCAAAACAGUGGAAUACCAUCGUCUGGACCAGAAUGUUAAUGAGGCAAUGCCUUCUCUGAAGAUUACCAAUGAUUAUAUUUUUUAAAGCACUGUGAUUUCAGUUUGCUUAUUAUGUAAUUUUAUUUGCUUGACUUUUUAUAUGACAUUGUGCAGAUGUUUGCCAUAGGCAACUGGUACUUAAAUGAGAGGUAGGUCUCUAUUUUGCCUUGGUGCUUUGGAAAUUAAAUAUCACAAACAAGGAGUAUAUAAUUUAUUCCUACACUUUUAGAAGUGAAUUCAAUCGGGUGUCCAAAAUGUGGAGCUAAGCAUUACCUGUUAGUUUUUUUGUUUUAGAUUUCUUUAUUCUACUUCUUCUGGAAGUAUUAGUAAUUCUACUUUUAAAAAAUCCCAAACUUGUAACAAAAUUCUAACAUAUCUGAAACUGCUGACUCAGAUUCUUUCUGCCACCCAAGUACUAUUUUUUAAACACACAUUUCUUUGUGCUCCCAAACUGUAAUCUACAAGGAUGUAUGUGAUAAUGCUUUGCAUAUAGAUAACAUUUUUUCUUCCAGAAAAAUUGCUUUGAAUAUUUUUGGGUAAGUUAAACAUGACUUAAGAUAAUGAUAUUGCUCAAUCUGUCCACAAUUUUAGGUAACACAUUCAUAAAUGUGUCUAGAAAUUCUGACAGUAGAGAGACAGUGCAGUUUGCAUUGGACAUAGGCAAAAUAUUAUAGAGAUGCCAUUUGCUGGUUUGAAUUACUGAGUUAAAUUUAGAAGUAGAAAUUAUGGUAAAGUAUCAAAUACAUAUAAAAUUGCUUUUAGUUAGCAAUUGAUUGUAGCACAGGUUCCUCUAACCUUUGAAGCAAGGAGUAGAAUUUAAAAUUAUAUCAGAUUUGUUCACUUUAUUAUCUUGUAAUACGUUUGAAUAAAUCUUAGAGGCCAUUAUCACUUAAUUAAUAUUAUAUCUAGAUCUUUCAAAUUAAAAUUAUACCCAAAUGAAGUUGUUUGUAUACAUAAAGGAUGUAGGAGUACACUUUUUCACCCCCUGUACUUGUUUUUCUUUUUUUUUUUAUAGCAACUGGAAAUUAUUUACUGUAUUUCAUUUUAUUGUGUCCUUCUAUCAUAAUUAAUUGAUCCAUAUGUAAAUAUAUGAUUUGAACCAUGGUUGACUUACAAGGGUCUCUACAACUUUUUAGAAAACAUAGCCCCUGGUAUACACACUCACAAAGCCCAGAUGAGCCAGAGGGCGUGUGCUCUGUGUAAGGCUGGAGGAAGUGGGGCCGUCCGUCAUUUCUCCAGGGUGGACGAUUUACUGCCCUAAUAAGGAAGGGAAGCACAAUGGAAAUACACCUGAACUGUUCUACUGCAGUAAUUUUUUUCAUAUCUGAAAUUGUAUUAUUUAAUAUUUUGAAUAAGAUUUUAAAAAAUAAAUGGUAAAGAUAUAUAAAUCUA